UAAGAGUGGAUCCCACAAUGCAUUGCGGUUUGUCAUGCUGACCUAGGCUAGCUAGUAAACCAAAAGCAAGCUAGUAAGCCUGGAAAUUCUCAAGUUGGUUCAUCAUUUUGAAGGAAAUUAAACCAAGAUCGGAGACAUGAGUGGAAUGCGACUAAUGUUAACCACUUCAGCGUUUGUUGGUACCUGCGGUAUUGGCUACGCAAUGUGGUCCGUUAUAUCACCAUCGGAUGAAAGAAAAAGAGAAAUAUUGAAGAAUCUUCCCGAAUCGAAUCCUGUGCGCAUGGAUGAGACUCGGAAGCGGAGCGCCUUAAUGCUGCAGGUGUUAAAAGAUGCUGCUGAGACCAAUGAUAAUAUUGCACGUGGAUUUGGGCCUCCAAAGAGCUGAACUUGAAACCUAAAAUAAGAGGAAAGGACUUGAACCAACGCCUAUGAUCAAGACAACCUGGGUCAUUUAUGUGGGACAACAGGCGGACCGAUUCUUCGUCACCCAAUUAAACUACUCUAUAACGUGUUCAAUCUCAACAGCCUUUGCUGUCUCACAGGUCUGGUAUGGUAAAGGCAUAACUGUUUAAAAUUGUUCAUUUCGCUUCUCAUGCUGUGCAAUAUGCAAUAUCCUCAUUGUCCUAUGUGAAAGGACCUAUGUGAAAUACGUAGCUACUAAUACGAGCCCGUUGCAGUAGGGGCAAAAAUGUUCAUAAGAGUUGGUAAAUAAAGGUGUAUGGUUUACUUAUGAA